GCAGGGCAGCUGGCCGGGCCCGCUGAACGACGGGUACUACGGGGCCUCGAUGUUCGAGGUGCUGGACUCGGUCGAGUCCCUACUGACGCAGAGCGAGCGGUUCUUCGCCUCGGUCGAGCCGGCUAAGCCGGCGGGCCUGCGUGGGCGCUCGCAGGGCGGCUGGCGGACCGAGCCGCCCGGCGUGGGCUGGGACCUGCGGCUGGGCCAGGGCGCUGGGCAGGCGGCCGACUCCGUGGAGUCCCUCCCGCCGCCUAGCGAGCGGCUCCUCGGGGCGGCAGAGCCGGCCGCCAGGUCGAGAGGCCCCGCGGGGCGCGGGCCGCCGAUGCCCAGCCGCCACUCGCAGGGCCUCGCCGCCGAGCCCGCGCGCGGCGAGCGGCCCUCCGCAGAGCCCCGGCCGGCCAAGCCGGCGGGCCCGCGCGGGGGCGGCUCGGCAGCAGGGUCCGCCGGCGCCUCCGACAACACGGCCAGCAGCCUACGGUGGCUUCGACACGAACUUUCAGAGGUUGC